AUGCUGCGAGGCACCAACAUCGUUGCGUCUGCAGUCAUGUAUUCGAUCGUCGCCGUGAUGCAUAUCGUGCCACUCGUCCGGUCGUUCUGGGCCACGUACUGCCACCGAUCGACACGUGUCGUUGUCGACGGCCCCCACUUGCAAAACAAAACCAACCAUUCGUUCUCGAUCAAACGCCUACUCGCGUGGCUAGUUCCAGCCCGGUUCAAGCUCCCGUCCAACGUGAAAACGGGCUUAAGCCAUUUGGUCGAACUCGGCGCCGAGUCGUGGAUGGCGUAUCAAAUGGCGGCGCACCUCGUCCACACAAACGUCGCGUUCAUGUACAGCAUGAUCUUGACGGCAAACUGCGUCUUUACGACGUGGGUGCUGUUUGUCAAGGGCUCGGGGUUGAAAAAGACGCUUGUGGACCUCAUGGACUCGAGCAUCUCGUUCACGUUGUCCGCUGGGAUUCCCCUCGUGCUGGUGGUCACCCCACUCCUCGUGUACUUGACGCAAGGCUACAGCGCCCACAACUUUACGUGGCGUGCCGAAAUGCUCACGUCCACUCGUUUUUUCAUCGCGUCAACGCCGUGGCAGCUUGCCAUGAACGUUGCGCCGAGCGUAGCUAACUACAUUACGCUCCAAGGGAUCUUGAAGCGCCUGAAUAAACGCUGGCGCCGCGCAUCGGUCAAGACCAUGAUCUCGGUUGUGGUUACUCAUGGAAGCUUCCGCGUACUCCAACAACGCAACGUCCGAAGCACUGUGAAAGCCAUGGUGGUCCUUGGCAAAGAUAGCUUUACAACCCAGCAUGCCAACUUCAAGUGGCUCAAGGGGAUGCUGGUGCUGUGCAUUGUUUGGGGAGUGACCGUCGCGACGGUGGCCAUUGCGUCCCAACUUACAAGACGGCCGUGCCCGACUGGCUGCGUUGCCCAGUCCGCACCGUGGUUUACUCAGUCGUGCAAUUGCAUUUACUUUCGCCUGAAUUGCAACUCGCCGCGUGACUUGCCGGUGCAAAAUCCCCUUGACGGGGUGCAUGUCACCGAGCUCGGCGCCAACCUGAUGCUUCUUCACUUGAUUCGAUGUCCCGUGGAAGAGGGAGUCCCGAACCUUGCACCGUUUGAAUUCUUACAGGGAAUCUUGGUCGAGUUCUCGAGCAUGCGAUCGUGGGAAGGAGUGCUUCCCCCUUCACUGUCGACCGUGCAAGUUCGAUACAGCGACUUGACACAUGUGCCGGCAGCGCUUCGAUCACCCGGACCGAAUUUAAUCGAACUCGGGCUCGUGGGGGCCCCGUUGGGCGAUAUCUCCCCGACCGUCGUCGACUCAUGGGGCAGCGUCAUGUCUCUGGCGCUCACGGCCACAAAUUUGUCCAGCAUUCCUCCGGGGCUCUUGCGCCUCCAGGUGCUGCAAACCGUCGCCCUUGAUUCCAACCGCAUUGCUGUCGUGCCCGACGACGAAGUCGCGGCUGUGCCUCAACUCGUGUCGCUAGUGCUCGAUUCAAAUCGUAUUUCGACGUUUCCCACGAAGUUGAUGACUGCAAACCCACAACUUCAUCUGUCGUUGAGCAAUAAUCCCAUUCGCGCCGUUCCUUCCGACCUUACGUCCCAGUCGACGAUGUCCAUGGACUUGGCCGGCAGCCCCUACUGCCUCGAAAACCCCCGCGACUCUAGCCAUUGCCCAAGUACCUGCGACACUGCGUGCACUCGAAGCCAGUCGUCCAACCAAGUUUGCGACUUGCCGUGCAACACGUCGUCUUGUCUGUACGACAUGGGGGACUGUUUACUCUAG